GUUUUUUGGCAGCCUGUCUAGAGCUAACUGAAUCACCAUGAGUCUUACCGCAAAGGACAAAGCCAUCGUGAAGGAAUUCUUCGCCAAGGUUGCCCCCAAGGCUGAAGAGAUUGGAAAUGAGACUCUAUCAAGGACUCUUUUCGUGUACCCUCAGACCAAGACCUACUUCUCCCACUGGGCUGAUUUGAACCCCGGCUCACCCAAUGUGAAGAAACAUGGGCUGACUGUGGUGAAUGGAGUCCUCAAGGCAGUUGAAUUGAUCGAUGAUCUCAAGGGAGGUCUGCUCACUCUGAGCGAGCUUCACGCAUUCAUGCUGCGCGUGGACCCUGCUAACUUCAAGAUCAUCAACCACAACCUGCUUGUGGCUCUCGCCAUCACGUUUCCUGUUGACUUCACUCCUGAUGUGCACGUGUCUGUGGAUAAGUUCCUGGCUCAGGUCAGCCUGGCCCUGUCUGAGAAAUACCGCUAA